AUGAAUAACAUUUCUUCACUAUUAGUUUUCCUGCUAAUUAGCUGUGUUGCAAUUGUCAUUUCCGAGGAUUAUGAUGAAGGAGGAACGUUUGGGAAUAAUGCCGGUGCCUCGGCAGUAGCCAAUGCCCAGGCAAAUGCCAAUAGCUAUGGUGGCGAGGCGGGUGCAUCAGCAAUUGCCAAUGCAGAGGCGAAUGCAUACGGUGAAGGCGGUGGAGCUAAUGCCGUGGCCAAUGCCAAUGCUGAAGCCAAUGGAAGUGGAUAUAAUGGAGCUAAUGCUGUUUCCAUUGCUGUAGCCAAUGCAAAUGCCUAUGGUGGGGCAGUUGGAGGCGGUGACGGUGGUUAUGCAGGUGGUGAAGAAUUGGAGGGAGGCUAUGGUGGUGGUCACCAUGGAGGUGGUGGGCGACGUCGUCAUCAUCAUCACCGCCACAGAGCACAUGAGGAUUAUGAUUAG